UUUAUUUUUUUAUUUAACUGGACGUGGACUUAUAAACUUAGUUCAGACAUUCGAUGGUCUUACAUACUAAUAUAUGAUUUGGAGGGCAAUGAAUUGGGCCCAAAACUAGACAUGAACUGGUCUACGGAAAUGAAACCUAUUCAAGAUACGAAAACGAAGGCUAUAUUGAAUGGCAAAACUAAGACUGCUGCGUGGUUUGUAUCACACUGUAAAACUAAUGGCCAAAGAGAAAAGUAUGUCCAUAAGUUGAAACCAGAGUUAGCUAAAUUAAAUCUUAUACUGGACGUGUACGGGAAGUGCGGUAAUUUGGUAUGCCCCAUGGGAGACAAUAAAUGUAAUGAACUGGUGAAGACAGACUAUUAUUUUUAUUUGUCCUUUGAGAACUCUAUCGCGUGGGAUUAUGUGACGGAGAAACUUCUGACCGCACUGCUUAAUUACGCCGUCCCUGUGGUUUACGGUGGUGCAGAUUAUUCUCGAUUUCUACCUCCCGGCAGUUAUUUAAACGCUAACGAGCUAAAUCCAAAGGAACUAGCGAGAACGAUGAAGGAAAUAAUACAAAAUAAAACCAGAUAUUAUGUUUUUUUUCGGUGGCGGAAUCAUUACGUAUACAAAUACGGAGAGAACGCUUCAGAAAUUUGUAACGUUUGUACUGCGCUCAAUAGAGACCCAAUAAUUUAAAUCUUCGUGAUGGAUUUAGACUUUGGUGGGCUGGCGAGUAUAGAUUUAAAUUAGGAGGAUGCAUGAAACUAUAUUAACUUAUGGAUUUGUUAUUUCGAUGAAUGUAUGAGAUUUUUAACAAGUGUGAUUUGUUGUCAGUUCCGAUAGCGAAUUAUA